AUGUCGACCAGCAUUACUGAACCCGAACAGAAGCAAGAGCUUCAAGGCAUACGCAAGAACGGCAAACAAUGGCAUCCGCCGCGAAAAGCAUUCCGCCCUGGAUCCGGGUUGACUUCGUAUGAGAAACGAACGAAAUUACGCACGGCUGCGGCUGCGACGAAGGCAAGAGAAAAUGAAAUGAAAGAAGAAAAGGAGGCAGAAAGAAAGCAACGGGUUCAAGCCAUCAAGGAGAAGCGCGCAGCGAAAGAGGAGAAGGAGAGAUAUGAAAAGAUGGCAGAGAAGAUGCACAAAAAACGAGUCGAACGUCUAAAGAGAAAGGAAAAGCGCAACAAGCUCCUCAACUCAUGA